CUGCAAAACAGCAUGAAGAACUCGUUCCGCAUCGACAACCGUCCUGUAGGCAUGUACAUGCUCCAAAGCUCCUGGCACUGCUCCAAGUGCUCCUUUGAAGGAAUCGUACAGGAGUCCAAGUUCAGCGGAAAAGCCCCCGUCUUGUCCUCCAUGCUCGGCCCAGUCAAAACGUCCAUCAUCCAGGGCAUGCGUGUCCUUCAGAUGUUUGACCAGACAGUUCGCCUCCACGGACCGAGCGGAAACAGGUACCGCUGGAUCUUCCUAGCCAAAUCCCACGUUGAGUGCAGGCCUUCCAAACCGACGGAUAAGGUAGUAUGUGGGUUCGGGUGUAUUUUCUGCAGCGCCCAGAACCAUGGACCCGCUCCGAUAUACGGCAACCUAGACACCUUCAUGGAACAUCUGCGAGAACAUGGGGGGAGAGGGUAUGCUUGGGACAGGAAAAAGCCGAGCCAGCCGCUUUUGGACUGGACCAGGUGUAUUCUUGGCCGUAUCGCUGAUGAUUCCGAGGAUUUCGAUAUCAAUAUACCCACCGUAGCCGAAGUAGGGGGGUAG